AUGCCCAUAGAUAAUCCAACCGCUCUCGUGGAGGAGUUCAAGAAAUCAGGCGAAUUCGACCGUGUUCGACGUGAACUCUUGGCCCACUUCCAACAGGAUGCGUCGUAUCCUUCGCUGAAGGAGCGCGUUGAAGAUAUUGCACGACAACGACUAGCCAAGGACCAGAUGAUGCAAUACAUGCCACAGGAAACCGUGUACAAGGAGUUGGCGCAAGAAGUGGACCGGUACCCAAUUGUCGAACGCGCAGUGGCGGAUGGGCGGAUACUUUCCGAUCCGACCUUCCUUGCUAACAUCGAGAGCUCGCUCCAGAAAAUUCUGCGCGACGACAGGGGAGGGAAAUCCUCAUCGGCGACGAAAGACAAUGGAAGUGAAAAGACGCGUGCACCAGUCAUGAAUGCAAGCACAGACCCCAUUGAGAAGGCUGUUCGGGAUGCUCAACAGAGCGGUAGUAUUCAUGAACAACCAAACCCCACGGUGCCCAAAGACUCGAAAAACUUUGGCAACCCUCUGUCGGCUCCACAUGACACUUCUAUAACGAACACUUCGGCAACACCUUCUGUGGCUGUAGAUGGCGUGAAUCCCACAGAUUCUGCUGAUUCAAAAACGUCUGCCAUGGACCAAUCUAGCCACUCUCAAGCCCUACCCAAUGCCCCAGAUUUGAAUACGAACCCUGUCGUGGAUGCUGCAUAUGAUGGCCAACAACCUAUGGACAUUGAUAUAGAUAAUUGA